AUGUCAAAGCUCCUCAGAAACUUCCUGAGGAAGAAAACUUUACAAAACGCAACUUUAUUUAACGCAUAUGAUGACGAAACUUCCUCUUACACUGACAUGGAAGGUUCUGUCUACGGUGCACUGCCAGUUGAUUCCCCAACAGCCUAUGAUUCUGAACCUAUAAAAGAUUUUCGACUUGUUUUUGAAGGAGAAAAUAAAGAUACUUUUGUUCUUGUACCGGGUUUAUUACCAUAUGACACAAUUGAAAUUCCACUAUUUGGUACUAUUGCUGACUACUGGGGAGACGUGAAGGAACAAAUCGAGGACCCUUGUAUCACCAGUCCUAGCCCUUUUGGUUCUCUUCACGAUCGUGCUGUAGAAUUAUAUUAUCAAAUUAAAGGUGGACAAGUGGAUUAUGGUCUUAUUCAUUCCCAUCAAUUUUGUCAUAAUCAAUUGGGUCAAACAUAUGAAGGUUUGGUACCAAAUUGGAGUCCAGACAACCCUAUAGUCCUUAUAGGCUAUGGUGCAACAACCGCUCUUUACCUCCAACAUCUUCUUUCUACUAACUUUUUCGGACAACACACAGCCGGUAAAAUGAUUAAAGGUGUUGUCUGUUGGUCUGCACCACAUCGUGGCUCUACUCUACCUUAUUAUCUUGGUCUUGAACCUGGCUCCAAAUGCAUCGUACAUCCUUUCUCGAUACUACAAUUCUUAUUAUCCCUUAUUCAUCUCAUUUGUUAUUUCACUUUUCUCGAACGACUUUUCGACUUCAGAUUGAAUGAUAAAUGGGGUCUUGCUCCGAAAAGUGAAGGUGGUGAACAAUCUUUGUGGGGUGCCCUUUCGGCACGUAGUAGAUUUUCUUAUUUUGGUGAUAAUUUUUUGGUCGAUUGGUCCGUGGAAGGUGCGAGGAUGCGUUAUGCUGGUGAUGAAAAAGAUAGACAUUAUCUUGAUCCUCAUUGUGUCUAUCUUAAUUAUGUUUCAACCGGCCGUACUUGGAGAUCAAAAGUAACUGGAUAUUAUUGGCCACGCUUAUCAUGGAGAACCUUCUCUACUUGGUUUAUCUCUGUCAUGCUUGGUCGUUAUAAACUCCCUACUGAUGCUGAACAACAAGUUUUACGUACUUCAUCAUCUACUUUUUGGCAAAAUGAUGGAACAUUAUCUAUUCAUGCUCAAAAUCCUCCACCACAUCAACAAGUUUUAAUGAAUAUUGCACUUGAUCAAAAACUUUUUGAUCCAAUAGAGCAUGAAAUCACACCUGGUGUUUGGUAUAAUUUAUAUGUUAAUGAUCCAUCACAAACCGUUUUAUUUAAUGGUGUGCCUUUCUUCAUUACUCUACCGUUCAUCGAAUACAUUCUUAAUCGAUCUUUCAUCAAGCAUUUUGUUAAUUUCCUGUCGCGCAACUCUGAAAGUUUCGAAUCAUUCUAUAUUCAUUUUGUUGAAUUCUGUGAACGCAACAUUAGAUUUUCUUCUAAGAAAUUACAUAUAGAAUAUGAUAAUGGUUUAGGCUUCUCGGAUCCUUCAAGUAAAUCAUAUAUUACUUCCGCUACCUCUGAACGUAUUGUUAAAUACUCAAGUGAUAAAGCCGGACUUGAAUGGAUCCAUAAGGUCGAAACAAUCGAAAUUCUUAAUAGUCCUAGCAAAAUGCUUUAUUGGAUGAAUCAGAUGCAAAGUAGCUUGGAUAAUGGUUCCUCAUUGUCUGAAAGUGGAAACAAGAAGGAAUUCUCAGGUUAUUCAUUACCAGCUACUUCAUUUAUGCCAGGUCCAAUGUUUAUUAAGGCUAAACGUAGAUUGACUGCUGAUGAUUACAAAGCAACGUUGAUGAAUUGCAAUUAG